AACAACAACAAAAAAAUCCUCUUGCUCUCGCUCCGGCCGGGCCGUCGUUCCCCAUUCCCUCGCCGCCGGCGCCACCGCGCCGCUGCCUACAGCACUACGCCAUGCUCCGCCUCCACAAGCAUAUCCUCGCCCAUCUCCUCUCUUCUCCAGCCACCUCUCCCGUAUCCCAUCUCCACCGCCUCAUCUCCGCCGCCGCGCCCGCCAUCUCCUCAAGCACCGGCUUCGCCGUGGAGGAGUACCUCGUCUCCACCUGCGGCCUCACCCGACCCCAGGCCCUCAAGGCCUGCCCCAAGCUCUCCCACCUCAAAUCCCCAUCCAAGCCCGACGCCGUCCUCGCCCUCCUCGCCGGCCUCGGCCUCUCCGCCGCCGACAUCGCCUCUCUCGUCGCCAGGGACCCGCGGUUCCUCUGCGCCAAAGUGGAGAAAACCCUGGGCCCCGUCGUCGCGGGGCUCGCCGGCGUCGGUCUCUCGCCUUCGGAGGUCACACGCCUCGUCUCGCUCUCCCCUCACAGCUUCCGCUCUAGAUCCAUCGUGUCCAAGCUGCACUACUGCUUGCCUCUCUUUGGGUCCUCUGAGAACCUCCUCCAGGCCCUCAAGAGGAGCUCCUCCCUUCUUUCGUCUGACCUCGACGGCGUGGUCAAGCCCAACGUCGCGUUGCUGCGGGAGUGCGGGCUAGGUGCUUGUGAUAUUGCCAAGCUAUGCAGCAAUCAACCAGGUUUGCUCACCAUCAAUCCAGAGCGCUUCAAGGGACUCGUGGCAUGCGCCGAAAAGAUAGGUGUGCCCCGUGGUUCUGGGUUGUUUAGGCACGCGCUGCAUGCUAUUGCAUUCGAUAGCGAGGAGACCAUCACAGCCAGAGUGGAGCACUUGAAGACCACGUUCAUGUGGACGGAUGGCGAGGUGGGAAUUGCUGUUUCUAGGUUCCCAUUGAUGCUGUCGAGGUCCAAAGAAUCACUGCAGCGUAGGUCUGAGUUCCUCAUCUCUGAGGUGGGCUUGGAACCGGCGUUCGUUGCUCAUCGACCCGUAAUGCUCGGUCACAGUCUAGAGGGCCGGCUCAGGCCCCGGUACUAUGCUGUGAAGUUUCUCAAGGAAAAUGGAUUGCUCAAGCGUGACCCAAACUACAGUACCGUUUUCAAGAUGAGUGAGAAGGUAUUCAGGAAGAAGUUCAUAUUCCCUCACAAGGAGGCUGCGCUGCACCUCGCAGAAGACUAUGAUGCCGCUUGCAAGGGGGAAGUGCCGACUAAUUUCAGAUUCACAUAAGCCAAGACGGGCUAUGAUGUACUCCCUCCGUUCCUAAAUAUUUGUCUUUUUAGAGAUUUCAAAUGGACUACCACAUACGGAUGUAUAUAGACAUAUUUUAGAGUGUAGAUUCACUCAUUUUGCUCCGCAUGUAGUCACUUGUUGAAAUCUCUAGAAAGACAAAUGAACGGAGGGAGUAAUUGUGUGCUGGUUGUCUGCUGUUGUAUGACUAUUAGAUGCUGGCUUGGUCAUUGCUAACGUGUGAUGGAAUUGAUAAUUUGAUCCCGAACACUGGUAUGUAAUACUAUCACUCAGGAAUGGGUUGGUUAUGAACUUUCUCGUCCUCAUUCAUGUUCUAAACACAUGUAUUGGAACUAA